AUGGCUGCAAACGAAGUGCUCCUUUUCUGGAAUAAAGCACGAAUUCCGACCCGAGACAAGUCUUCGGUCAUAAAGCAAAUUCAGAAGCUGUACCAGAAAUGGAGGAAAUUGAACAACAGCUCAACAGGAGGAGGAACGUCGCAUAAAGUAAAAGAGGAUAAGUUUGACGAAGAAUUAGACGAUCUCUUCGAUAUUGCUCAUGUUAAUGCACUCACCACGAUUAAAAUAGAGGAGGAUAAAAAGUUUUUGCUUGCACAGAGGAAAAAAGGCCGCCCAGGCAGCAUGAUUGGCAUUGACAUGGCUCUUGUAGGCAUUGAAAAACGAAAAUUGGAACGAGAAGAGGCAGAUGAACGGCGAUUACGAGCAACUACUAAAAUUAAUACCUUAGCAAUGGGUACAGUGCAAUUCACAUCAUCUACCGAAUCGUCAGACAAUGUUGGCGCUGGUGGAAUGGAAUUGGAAGUGGUCGCUCUACCGAUCGUUUCUGCUUUGGAUAAAUGCAUGAUAUCUGACCGAAAUGCAGUGCAUUUAAUGGCUGCAGUAGCUGAAGGACUUGGUCACAACGUAUCAAAUUUGGUAUUAAAUCGCUCGCCAAUUCGAAGAUACCGUACUGCAAAUCGACAAAAAAUCGCUGAUUUUGUAAAGGAGAACUUAUAUUUGAAGGCAACAGCAUUUCUUGUAGUGCACUGGGAUGGCAAAAUACUGGAAGACAUUACAGGAAUGAAUAAGAUUGAUCGCCUUCCGGUUAUUGUAACUAAUGGCGAAAUCGAACAAAUAUUAGGCGUUCCAAAACUAGAUUGUGGAAAAGGCAAAAAUAUUGCAGCUGCCGUUUAUCAACUACUGGUAGAAUGGAACCUUUCGAAACGAGUUCAAGCCAUGUCUUUUGACACGACAUCAUCAAACACCGGUGAAUUUGCAGGAGCUGCAGUUUUACUUGAACAGUUAUUAGAGAGAGAUUUGAUGCAUCUUCCAUGUAGACAUCACAUAUAUGAAUUGGUGCUAAGAGCAGUGUUCGAAGAAAAAAUUGGAAAAACUUUUGCUCCAGAUGUUUCUCUGUUUCGCCGUUUCCAGCAGAAUUGGGAAAAAAUCAAUCAGAAUGCAUUAGGAACUGGAGUGAGCGAUGAGAUCGUUUCUUCGAAAUUAAUUACUGCUCCAGAUGACAUCAUUACUUUUAGCAUGGUCCAACUACAGAAAAGACAACGUCGUAACGACUAUAAGAACUAUUGGAACUGGUUAGACAAAUUUAAACUGGCAAAGUCACAAUUGGAUGGAAUUCGAGAUGUCUGUGUGUUUAUUGUUCGUCUGUACGUGAAAGUCUGGUAUCGCUGUACUGAAGCUGUCAAAGCGCCCAAUCAGGACUUCAACUUUUUGAAAGCACUUCACUCAUAUGCAGACUUGGAUAAGAAUUUGUCAAAAGUAAUGGUAACAAAGUUUAUCAGACAUUUGUGGUAUCUCGCGGAGGAGGCUAUAGCUCUCGCCUACUUUGAUUCAGAUGUUUCGUGUGACAUAAAACGAAAAAUGUUGGCAAUUAUGUGCAUAUAUGAUGGAAAAGAAAUCCUUGAAGAAAAAGACAAGGAAGUUCAACUUGAAAAAGAUGAAGAAACUAGAGAAGAAGAUGAUGAUUGGGAUGAAGAUGAUGAAGGACCUAUCCGAAGCAUGAAAAAAAUUGCGGUUAAUUUUGCAGAAGUAACUGAGCAAUUUUUGUCGAAUGAAUUGAGCGCUUUCCUGCACCUUCCGGCAUUGCUGCUCCGCAUCCUACUGGUCCGUGCCGGAAUUGAAGUAAAUCCCGGACCAUGGUUCUGCACGGUUUGCCAGAACCGACUGCACCACAUGUCAACACAAUUAAGGUGCAACUCUUGUUUGGGCUGGUGUCACCUUAGGAAUUGUUCCGGACUAAAUCAUGAAAGGGAGUGGUCGGAGAAUUACGUUGCCCCAUGCUGCCAGCGACGUAGUUCAUCGGCGUCUUCGGCAUCAUCCUACGCCACACCUCCACCCUCCCCACCGCAAUCACAACAACAGCAGCAGCAACAACCAUCGCCGCUCACACCAUCGAUUGCAGUCCGUAGACCUGGGUUGAUAUCCAUAUUGCAGUUCAACUGCAAUGGCCUCCAAGGGAAAAUAUCUGAGAUAACCAGAUUUAUGCGCCAACACAACAUCGUGGUCGCUGCGGUCCAGGAGACAAAACUUACGAGUAAUUCCAGUCUGCAAAGUUGCAACGGAUACAACGUUCUCCGAAAAGACCGCACCAGAGGCAACGGUGGAGGCAUCGCGUUUAUUAUACACAAUACCGUGCAGUAUAGGGCUCUUUCUCUCGAUCUGAAUUCUAGAGACCAAUAUCUUGAAGUUCAGGGUAUUGCGGUCAGAUCGGGAUAUACGGAGUUGGAGCUCUAUAAUGUCUACAUUCCGCCAGUAGCCAGUUGUCCAACAGGCUACCAUCCCGACAUUAGGACCUUACUAGAUGGUGAUACUCGUUUGGUCCUAGGGGAUUUUAACGCUCACCAUCAGCUCUGGCACUCAAGUCUUGGGGAAGACCAGAGAGGAGCGUCACUGGCGGAACAGAUUGACGAAUCCACCUUCUGCACACUAAAUGAUGAUGCCCCCACACGGAUUAUGGGUAAUUGCGCAAGUUCGCCAGACAUCACCAUAGCGAGUCCUGGUCUGAUUAACUGCACAACCUGGCGUGCAGUUAUUUCUCUAGGAUCAGACCAUUUACCCAUAAUCGUUUGUCUGGAUAGACCCAACGAUUUCAUCGUCUCUGAAUGCCGAACUUACAUCAACCAAAAGAAAGCAGACUGGCACGGCUUCAGAGAAUUUACCGACCGCAUCUUCAAUGGUCUACCGAUUCCCUCCAACGUACACAAAGCAGAGAGGAAGUUUCGCGAAACCAUCACAGCAGCAGCCGCUCGCUUCAUUCCCGCUGGUAGAAUAUCCGUAGUGCGACCGCACUUCCCAGCAGAAGCAGCGGGACUCGCAGAUGAGCGUGAUGACAUCCGAAGUACCAACCCUGACGACCCUAGGAUCGCCCAGCUGAACCGCGAUAUCAGCAGGUUGGUAAAUGAGGACAAGCGAAACAAAUGGUUGGAUCAUUUGAAGAACUGCAACUUAAGUUCUGGAGUUGGCAAGUUGUGGUCCACAGUUCGGUCUCUCUCCAAUCCGACUAAGAAGGAUGAUAGGGUCGCGAUUAAGUUUGCAGAUACCACCAUAUCCGACCCUAAACGGUGCGCGCGAGCUUUUUGCCGACAAUUCAUUGAGCACCCCGAGAGAGACAAGGCGAAAAGAAGUAUUGUCCGCAAACUACACGAUCUUCCAGUCUCGGACACACCACAACUUUACACGCCAACUGAAGUUGCAGAAGCCAUCAACACAGCUAAGCCUUCAAAGGCAAUAGGACCUGAUGGGAUAUCCAUGCUGAUGCUAAAACACCUAGGCGAGCGGGGAGUCGAGUACCUGACAAUGGUUUUUAAUUUGUCAGUGAGGAGCUUAACAAUACCCGAUGUCUGGAAAAUGGGUCGAGUGAUCCCAUUGCUAAAACCUGGGAAAAUCGCGAGUGAGGGACAAUCGUACAGGCCGAUUUCCCUCCUGUCACCUGUAGCGAAGACACUCGAAGCUCUUCUCCUCCCCCAGCUGACCCGUCAACUACCAGCUGCUCGUCACCAGCAUGGAUUCCGUAAAAUGCACAGUACCACCACAGCAUUAUCCGCCAUAGUCACUCAGAUCUCACAGGGCUUAAACCAGCAGAGGCCUUGUGAACGAACUAUCCUAGUGGCACUUGACCUGUCGAAAGCCUUCGACACUGUCAGUCACGCCACACUCUUCCAGGACAUCCUGCAGUCCACAAUGCCCAACAACACGAAGAGAUGGAUAGUGAACUAUCUGAGUGGCAGGCAGUCGUUCGUGGAGUUUAGAGACAAAUGCUCAAAACCCCGUAGAGUUAAACAAGGAGUCCCUCAGGGCGGGGUCCUGUCGCCGCUCCUGUUUAACUUCUACCUCUCUAAACUCCCAGUGCCCCCACAGGGCGUAGAGAUAAUCUCGUAUGCGGACGACUGUACUAUAUUGGCAACAGGUCACAACGUUGAUGAGCUUUGCGGUAUGGUAAAUGGUUAUCUCAAUGAAAUCCACAAUUUCUUCACUGCACGUAACCUGCAGUUAUCACCAACGAAGUCAUCAGCAACACUCUUCACCACCUGGACGAAGGAGGUAAAACUGAAUUUAGGCAUCAUGGUCGACGGCGUACAAAUUCCGACAGUGAACCACCCGAAAAUCUUGGGUGUCACUUUUGAUAGCCUUUUUACCUCCUCAGCACACGCCACUGCAAUCACGCAUAAACUGCGAAAUAGGAACAAGGUCCUCAAAGCACUAGCCGGCAGUACUUGGGGUAUGGACAAAGAAACCUUGCUUGCUACCUACAAAACGAUUGGCCGGUCAGUGGUCAACUAUGCUGCACCAGUGUGGUCGCCUUCGUUGAGUGAUACCCAGUGGAGAAAUAUUCAAAGCUGUCAAAACGCAGCCUUAAGGACCGUCACAGGCUGCCUUCAAAUAACCUCCGAACAUCACAUUCACGAGGAAACCAAGGUUCUACCGGUCAAGGAACACAACGUCAUGUUGACGCAACAGUUCCUUCUGGGAUGUCAUCGGAGGAGUCAUCCAAACUUCAACAUCACACAGUUGGAAUCUCCCCCGAGGCAUGUCAGACAGGACCUUCGGAAAUACGAGGAGAACAUACAGAGGUAUGUGCAGGAUCCAUUUGAUCGCCGCUCGUUUAUGACAGCUUUGAACGACAUUCACAGAGACGCCAUCAAUUCCGCGGUAGCAGGAUACCGUAUGAAUGUCGUACUUGGAGGUCGCCCACCACCGAUAGCAGACGCCGAGAAGGUUCUGCCGCGUGGAACAAGAGUCGUUCUGGCACAACUUAGAUCAGGAUGGAGCAACAGGCUUAAUGCCUUUUGGUCUCGCAUAGACCGUGCCGUCCUUAACUUAUGCCCAGCAUGUGGUCAGGGUCCUCAUGACACCCUCCACAUAUUUAACUGUUCAGCCAACCCUACUUCGCUCAGUCCAAUGGAUUUAUGGACUCAUCCUGUUGAAGUAGCUCAAUUUCUUGGACUUGAACAACAUGCAGAACCACCAGAACAUCCAGAUUGA